UAUAAUAAAGCAAUUAAUAAAAAUAUUUAAAAUUAAUGAAAUGGAAAACGAAGUAAAUGUAACAGGUUAUGAUGAAAGCAGUCACAUGUCGUUUUUAGAGGGCAGUGGGGCUGAUUUACUAACAAAUGUUUCUAAUACUCCACUAUGCAGUGAGAAUGAGGCAGAUAAAUCAAAUUUACGGGAAAAUCUCCGUUUUGACAGUGAUGACUCAGUCCUAGAUUCCGACUAUGAGGACUCAACUUCUGCUAAUAAUGGAAAUAGUGGCAAUUUAGACGAUGGUGAACUGCUCAACGAGGCCCCAACUACAUCCCAAAGAGCUUAUUCGAGGAAAGAAUCAUGCACAAGACGGAACUUGGGAAAGGCAUACGUUAAUGUAAAGGGUGUUGUUGUGUCGGAAAGAAAAUUGAUACCUCUUAUUAUUAAUUGUCGCAUGAAAUGCGAAUCAAAGGAAUCGGAUGAUAUUCUACUACGUGAUUUAGAAAAGGAACUCUUAGCCCAUCAGAGUAAAGCAGAUUUUGCAUAUGAGUCAAAAAGAAAUGACAAAACUUGCGCUUCCGAUGAUCCCAAAGUUAAAGUGUAUACUUUUGAUUUGCAGUAA